AUGGGCCUCUUCAAGACUUUCUUAAAAGUCAGCGCUGCUGGUAGCGCUGCAUCCAUAAGUAUCUUUUUCGGUGCCACGCGCAAUGACAUCUUUACGCCCAUGGACGCCUCCGAUCCUAUCUUCCAGUCUCCCAUCUUCAAAAAGCUCAACCCGAACCAAAACCCGACCUUCCAUGACCUGUGUGUCCGCCGCAUUGAGUUAGGAAAGAUCAGACCCGAGCUUCUAGAGAAGAAGGGCAAGUUGGUAGAGGCUUUCUGUGCUGGUGUUUGGGGAGGCAUGGGAUACAUUCCCCAGCGUGCUAUUCUCCAGUGGCACAACAAAAACCCUGAAACUGCCGAUCAACUUUGGGAUCGUAAGGACCUCAUCUCCAACAGCUAUGAGAUCGGCACUUUGAUCACCGACCACUUCGAGGUUGUUGAGAAAGACGAGGAGCGCAUCGUCGUGCGCUGUGGUGACACCCCUCUCCACCGUGACGUGCGUCCCUCUGACGGCCUUUUCGAGAUAGGUGCUGUGAUUAAGCAGGAGGAGGGCGUGGCUGAGUUUACUCUGAAAAGCUGUCUGUUCCAAGGCGAGGGCAAGGCCGACGCUCCUCCUUUUGAUUCGAUGAUGGACUGGCUGCAUAAGCAGUAUACUAAGUUGUGGAUGGAGACCGCUGUGUUGAAGAACUGCGUCCGUUGA